UAAAAUAAGAAUAAAUUAUUUAGCAUGAAAUACAAAAAGAAUGUAAACAAAUAAAAGGAAAAACCAUUAGUUAAGGAAUUGUCGAAACGCUUCUGCACUGAAAAGCGAAUAGUUUAAAGCCAAGCUAAGUAAAUUUUGAGAACUUCUAGCAUUCGUAGCAUAUUUGCAAGCAUUUCAAAUGUGUAGCCAAAUUCUGGGAUAAAUUGAGACAAAAUAACUGUGAGCAUUUUAGCAAGGAAGCAAAAAAAAAAAACAAUAAAAAAUUAAUAACAAAUACAAUUUAAAACUAAAAAGAAACGUUAAUGAAUUAAUAGAAAAAAAUUUGAAAUAACAAAGACCUUAAGCUAGGGGCCGCAAUGGGGACGUCUAUAAACUGGUAUCAAUUAUAAACAAAAAAUAAUAAUAAUAAAUGAAAAACAAAAACAAACAAAAAAAAAACAAAAGAAAAAAUAAAAUUGAAAGGCGUUUCAAUGUGGGGCCAGCCAAUAGGACAACCACAAAAUCAUCCAUUCACACAUACAUAGCACACACACUCACAGUCACAGAAUUCAUGGUGUUGGCAAAUCGCAUCUAGCAUAAGAGGUUUAGCAUAAUGCUUUAAGUCACGAGCAUACUAGGUACUAAGUCAUCAUGGAGCGACGUGGACGCAUUCCAGUGGCAAAGUUUCGUACGCAGGAGGCCAAGACGCGCAGUCGGAGUCGUGUGAAGGAGCCAGAUUACAAUGAACAGGAUCCAGAGCAUGAUAUGUUUACGCUGCUGGAGGACAACAUUGCACUGAAAGAAGAGAACAAGGCGCUCAAGCUUGAGAUUGAAUCACACAAAACCACGCAGGAAGAACAACAGGCACAACACGAAAAGCUAUGUGUUCAAAUGGAACUGCUGCAGAAGCAGCAGGUAAAAUUUGAGUCAGACAUCAAGGACCUCACUGUCAAGUUCAAUAAAACAUUGAAUGAGCGCAAUGCGCUCGACAAGCUUCACAAAAUGAAGGUCGAUCAAAUAAACAAUCUCUCAACCGAACUGGAUCACAUGCGCGAAAAGCAGGUGGGACAACAAGGUGGUGCCUCACUCGUCGGUUCUGUGGAGCUAAGGCGUAAGCUGCUAAAGAUCUUACAACAGGACAGCGGCGACAUUGCUAACGAUUUGGACAGUCUGGUCGAUGUUGAUGCUAAUCUGGAUGUGCCCAUCACCAAUGGCCAUGUGGAGCGGCUAGUGUCUGAAUUUUUUACACUCAAACAUGCCACCAAUGCCGUCGAGCUGCAGCUGUAUGAAGCCAACGAGAAGAUAGCGGAGCUAGUCGAGCACCAACACCUACUCGAGGAGGAGAACGAAACGCUGCGCACCGAGAACGGCAAUUUGACUAAGGUGGCCAAGCUCCUGACCGACAACAUGAAGGAGAGCGUGGAGACAAGUCAAAAAAUGGAGGCAGCUUUGAUAAGAUUGAAGCAGAGGAAUGAUGAGCUAACUGCCAAUGUACGCGAUCUUCCCGAUGGACAGCCACAGGCAACACCCUCGCCUACAACUUUGCAGUCGCAGGUCGAAUUCGAGGAGAUUACGGAUCAGGUACAGCAUCAGGCGCGCGAGCACAACGAGCGCAUUGUGGAAAUGAAAAACCUUAUGGAUGCGGCUAUUGCAAAAACUACUAACGAUGAACUAAAAAAAUUACAACUUAAGUUGGAAAUACUCGAGGAGCAGCUGCAUCAGGCGCUAACACGCGCCGAUCUGGCCGAGGAGCAAUUGGCACGCUACCAGCAAGCAGAACAACACGCAACAAGAGUUGCAACAGCUCCACCUGCACCAGCACCACCACCACCACCACCACCGCCCCCACCCAUGCCCGCCAAAGCGCUUUAUACAGCAGCGACGGGAGUGGGUCCGUUUGGUGCUGCUGGUGAGCAUGGGGAUGCUGGCAGCUUCAGUCAGCACAUAGCCGCGCAUAAUUUGCACAAAGGCCUCGGCGAUAAGAUUAUCGACAACGUCAAGCAACAGGUACAGGUGCAGGCGGCAACAGGUCUUGACGCUAUAGUGCGCGAAUUUAAAUCUGGACGCGUAACGCUGCGCCGCAACCGUCGCAAAACCAAUACGAGCGAAGCUCUGAAGGAAAUGUUCCAAGUACUCGAGAUAAGUCAGAAGCAGAAUCGCAACUCAAAGAUAUGUGUCGAUCUGAAUACAACAUUAUAAGACUCUCUAUGUCUCUUUUACUUUGGUCUCAAAUCUAAAGUCUACGCUAUGCUUUAACAACGAAACAUUCCGUGCAUUUGAAUAUUUAUUUAUUAGCUGCUAUUUAAUUCAUUAAUUGUGCCUUUCCCUGGGGAAAACAAAAAACAAAAAGCCAUUCUUUAUCUGUAUCAAAUUGUCCUAUUACCUAACAUGUA